AUGGAUCACAAAGAAGUUGCGCUUCGCGGCAAAGCGAUCAGCAAGGCCAUCGAAGAGAAGGAACCUAGCGCAUCGAUUCUGAAGCUCCUGAACGAGCUGAAGGAUGGUAUCAGACCGACCGAGGACUUGCUACGUCAGACCAAAAUCGGUGUCACAGUCAACAAACUGCGCCAACACGCCGACCCAACAGUCGCAUCGCUCGCCACCCGCAUGGUCUCAAAGUGGAGGGAAGACGUCAAGAACAGCAAGGGAUCCGCCGCCCGACCGAAGCCUUCCGGCGCCUCAAAUGGCACUUCAUCUCCAGCGCCUGUUCCCUCGAAAACUGCGUCACCCGCACCUACGCCUGCGCCUGCGCCUAGCAAGGCAAAGCACGGCGUUGAUCCGUCGAAGCGAAAUCAUAAGACGGACAGUGUCAAAUAUCAGGUGACAGGUGACGAGCAGCGGGAUAACUGUGUUAGGCUGAUGUACGACGGUCUGGCUUUUAUGAGCGAAGAGCUUCCAGCAGAUAUCCUCAAGAGUGCCCGCGCCGUAGAAAACGCCGUGUACGAUGGCGCCGGCAGUCGCGUGAAUGAUCCCUACAAGCAAAAGAUCAAGUCGCUCUUCUCCAACCUGAAGAACAAGUCCUCCGUCCACCUACGUAAGCGCGUUCAAUCCGGCGAGAUAUCCGCCAAGCGCUUUGCCACAAUGACGCAUGAGGAGAUGAAGUCGGACGAACGCAAGGAAGCCGACAAGAAGCUAGAGCGAGAGAAUAUGAACAAUGCUAUGGUCGCCCAGGUCGAAAAGUCCAUUUCCAAGGAGUUCCAGUGCGGAAAGUGCAAGCAGCGUCAGGUCAGCUACAGCCAAGCGCAGACUAGAAGUGCCGAUGAGCCUAUGACGACCUUCUGCGAGUGCAUGAACUGCGGCAAUCGAUGGAAGUUCUCUUAG